CAACGUCAGAACCAAACGCGGCCCCCUUGCCCUCUCCUACUUCUCCUCCCCCGCCCCGCCGCCAUUCCCCCCCCACUCUUCACCACCGCAGCGCCGCCGCGUACAAGGCGAUUAGGCGAAGCUGCACCGGAAGGAGAAGGAGAGAAGCGAGAGUCUCCCCAGCCAGAGCAAGCCGAAUCCGAAGCUAGCGGAGAGGAGAGAGGGCUGAGUGAGGAUGCCGACGGUUACCUGCAACGCGUGCAACGCGGGGUUCGACGACGAGGAGCAGCAGCGGCUUCACUACCGCUCUGAAUGGCACCGUUACAACCUCAAGCGCAAGGUGGCUGGAGUUCCUGGUGUCACAGAGGCUCUGUUUCUGGCUAGGCAAGCUGCUUUGGCGGAGGGGAGCAAGCCUGCUAGCACCCCAAUGCUUUACAGCUGUGCUCUUUGUGGAAAGGAGUACAGAAGCUCGAAAGCUCACGAGCAGCAUCUUAACUCGCGAUCACAUCUUUUGAAAGCCUCUCAGGAGCCCAAUGCCUCUAUUGCUGGUAUCACGAUAGUCAAGCCACUUCCUGAACGAGUCUCACGAAGAGCUCCAUCUGCAGUAGAGGAGGAUCAAGACGACGAUGAGGAAGAAGAGUGGGUUGAAGUUGACCCAAGUGAGAUGGAGUUGGCUGAUGAGUCUACUUCAAACAUGCAAGAAGAUGAGCACUCCUCAAAAUCAGAUGAUGACAUGGAUGACCUUGAAGAGUUGGAUAUCUCGUCGUGUUUCAUGUGUGACCUCAAGCAUGACACCAUAGAAGACUGCAUGGUCCAUAUGCAUAAGAAGCAUGGGUUUUUCAUACCUGACAGUGAAUACUUGAAGGAUCCCAGUGGUCUUCUUACUUAUGUUGGACUGAAGGUGAAGCGUGAUUUUAUCUGCCUCUACUGCAAUGACAGAUGCCAGUCCUUCUUCAGUCUAGAGGCUGUCAGGAAGCACAUGGAUGCAAAGGGGCAUUGCAAGUUGCGGUAUGGAGAUGGUGGAGAUGAUGAAGAUGCUGACCUCGAGGAAUUCUAUGAUUACAGCAGCAGUUAUGUUGAUUCAGAAGGCAAGCAGUUGAUUGCUGUUGAUGACUUGAACAACAACAUUGAGCUGGGAAUCGGUGGGUCUGAGCUAGUAAUAACAAACAAGAGCGAGAAAGGCACUCGGGUCAGAACCCUUGGCUCUAGGGAAUUUAUGCGCUACUAUCGCCAGAAACCACGGCCUUCUGUUGCACCAGACCGUGCGCUUGCACUUUCACUAGCUUCCAGCUACAAGAGCAUGGGUUUGGUGACAGUGCAGUCUAAGGAGCAGAUGGUGAGGCUGAAAGUUCUCCGUGCUAUGAACAGGACCGGGGUCGAGACUAUGCGGAACAAGAUCGGAAUGAAGAGCAAUGUGAUCCGGAACCUCCCUAAGAAUUGCCCGCACUAGACAACACUGCCUUCUCCUGCACCCUAUCUGGAGCUUCUCCUGGCAUUUAUAUGGUGUCUUAUGGUUUCUUGUCUGUCGCUGACAACGUUGGCGCUUAAGAUAUUUGGAAUAGGACUACACCUUCCAUAGUUUUUGUUGAACUCUGUGGUGCGGAAGCAGCUGUUGCCAUUAUGGCGGAAAUUGCUGACGCCUCAUUGAACAUGUUUAGUUUUUAUUUUGUUAAAAAAUUGGGCAAAAAAGUUUGAUGCUC